GUUGCAUUCAAACAGAGCUUCGUCCCUCCUUGGUGGCCCAACACGUCUGUGUCUCGUAUCUUAACACCCUCAAUCGUUCAUAUAUAUGUCUGUUUCACGUUCUUGCCCGCACCUCUAACCGUCCAGUCUCCCCGCAACCGGCAAGCACCAUCCUUCCUCUACUUCACCACACAUCUACACAGCCAUUUCUCAAGAUGCCAUUCCGGGAAAAAGCACGAGAAAUUCGCAAGAAGUUCAGCAGAGGUUCCUCCAGCACGUCAGGCACGUCGUCGGAAGCCUCAAGCACGCUUGGAGACGACCUCAUACGACACACGACGCACACGGUCUACAAGCCUGGCGAGCGCAUACCCUACAAGUACCGCCGGCCCGUCGAAAAGGCUCACAAGGAGAAGCUCGAGGCAUUCUGCUUCGCAGACGCCUGGAACUCGAGACCAAAGUCAUUUGCGAGCCAAUACUCGCCCAUGGGCAGUCGAUUGCCUAGCAGGCGCGGUAGCAUGGAGUUCCAUGGUGCCAGACGAAGCAUGCACCUCAGGAGAGGCGAUACCGGAGAGUUGGCCGACGGCAGUGACGAAGACUCGGCGGCUAAUGUUGAUUCGUCUACCGAUGGUCUUUAUUCAAGCUCCGAAACCAGCGGCUUCCUCACUCCUGGGGAUGCCAUCCAUCAGCGGCCUCAGUCACAACACGAAACACCAUUUACUCAGGAAGAUCUCGCUCUGGCUUUGCAACGGUCACGACUCGAGAUUCCUCCAUAGGGUGGGUCAGCCUGAGUUGAUCCGUCUCUUUAUCGGGCCACCUGCAAGGCUGCGCAUCUAGGCUCGUCAGGUGCCCCUCUUUCACAGUCAGCUCCCGAGGGCCUACGGCCUCCCACUGGCACUAGCGGCUCGCGUAUGCGAUAACGUCUGCGAACGCUGAUACUUGUACAUAUCCGUUCAUUUUUUUCGCCUCCGAAAAGGGUGGCUGACUGCAUUUUUUCUCCCUGUUUGAGCGUUGGAAAUUUUGUAUCCUUUGUUUUUUCCUUGCAUUGCGCACGGCGUUAACCGAUCAUCGGUGGUUUAUAACAUGCAUUUGCAUUGUGAGGGUUCACGCGCAUGAUCAUCCCACACAGAAGAGACAGUCAUGAUUUUUUCAGCCCCCAGCCCCGAGAUCCAGCACAAUUUUUUUUUCCUUGCAGAGGGAGAAUUGGCGGGAGGCAAAAUAACGCAGACUUUGGAAAAGAGCAGCAAUGCAUUUGCUCGAAAUUGGAUCAUCUGCGCAUACAUUAUUGUUCGAAUCGUUUAGAUGCCAGAACAAUUAAAAUUUUUUCCUCUACAACA